GUGAUGGAAGACUACCGGAAGCUCGAGAAGGUCGGGGAGGGCACCUAUGGGGUGGUGUUCAAGGCCUGGGACCCGCUGCUAAAGCGGACAGUCGCCCUCAAGCAGAUCAAACUCGCCAAGUAGCACAACGAAGGAGUCCCCUCAACCUCUCUCCGCUAGAUCUCCAUCCUCAAAGAGCUCCAGCCCCACCCUAACAUCGUCAAGCUGCUGUCCGCCCAGCUCAGCCCGGAUCGCCUCUGUCUGGUAUUCGAAUACUUAGACACUGACCUCCGAAAGUAUCUGCAGGCGCGCAAAGGCAGCCUUUCGAAGGCGGAGCUGAAGAGUCUGGCUCUGCAGAUAGUUAGGGCCUUGGAUCACUGUCACUCCAGGCGCAUACUGCACCGAGACUUGAAGCCUCAGAAUGUGCUGGUGGGGGGACAGGGCCAGCUUAAACUUGCAGACUUCGGCCUAGCGAGAGCACACGGACCGACUAGGCUCACGCUUUCCCGCGAGAUCGAGACCCUGUGGUACCGUGCUCCAUAGAUUCUCAUGGGAGAGCAGCACUACACGGCAGGGGUGGACAUAUGGGCCUUUGGUUGCAUCCUCUACGAAAUGCUGACUGGCCGGCCACUGUUCGUGGGCGAUUCAGAAAUUGAUCAGGCCUUUCAGAUUUUUCGGUAUUUCGGCACGCCUUCAAUCGAAAGGGAUUCUGCCUUUCUGAGCCUUCCUGACUUUAAGCCGACCUUCCCCAAGUUCCGAGGGUGCCAGGCCAGCCUGUAGGGGCUAGAGCCCACCUAGAAAGACCUGAUCGAGAAGACGGUGGUGCUGAGCCCCAGCCAGCGGAUAUCGACCAGAGCGAUCUUAAACCACCCGUUUUUUACCUCCAGUCAACAGUGA